CUCUUCUAUGUUGAUUAUUAUCAGAAAUUAUCGAAUAAUUGUUUUUUUACAAAAAUGAAAAUAUAAAAAUGGCCAACUGUGGGCGGCGGAGGAUCUAUAAUUAGAAUUAGAAAGGGAGCAAUUUGUGAGAUGAGGAGGAAUGUACCAAGUGACCAAAGGCGGCCCAAUACAUAAGCUGAAGGGAAAAAACAGUGCCCCUCUCCUCUCAAAACCUCAAAAGGCAAGACCAAUUUGGCCUUCUCGUCUCUCUCAAGAGUCUCACAUAAACUACUCAAAAACCUCAAUGCUAUAUUCCCAACACAACCACACUUGUGAUUCUCUUCCAUUCCAGUCUCUGAAUCACCAUGGCUCUUGUAGUUAGGCUUCAAUCCCUGUCUUCCACCCAUUUCAGAAAACCCAACAACUCCUUGAACUCUCAACCCAUUUGCUCUCUUCACUUCAACUCCUCCUCCCAUUCUUAUACUUCUUCCCCUUUCACAGAGAAGCAUUCUCUUGAGAGGUACCAGAGAGACCAGUGGCUCUACAACACCCAAUUGGCACAAACUCUCCCUCCUCCUGACUCUGAUGCUGGCUCUGAUUUCACAAGGCAGAAUGACAUUGCUUUGCAGCUACCAGAGCUGAGGAAGCUGCUUGAGGUGCUGAGAGAGAAGAGAGAGAAGAGAGAAAGGGAAGGAGGGUGUGGUGGAGGCAAGUGUGGGCCUGGCAAUGUCUUCCUGGUGGGCACUGGCCCUGGGGACCCUGAACUCCUGACAUUGAAAGCUGUCAGAGCAAUUCAGAGUGCUGAUUUAUUGCUGUAUGAUAGGUUGGUCUCCAAUGAUGUCUUGGAUUUUGUUGCUUCUGAUGCUAGACUUGUUUAUGUGGGCAAGACUGCUGGAUACCAUAGCAGAACCCAGGAGGAGAUACAUGAAUUGCUACUGAGUUUUGCUGAAGCUGGAGCUACAGUUGUGAGACUAAAAGGAGGGGAUCCAUUGGUGUUUGGAAGGGGUGGAGAGGAGAUGGAUUUUUUGCAACAACAGGGAAUUCAAGUGCAAAUUAUUCCAGGUAUUACUGCUGCUUCUGGGAUAGCAGCACAACUCGGGAUCCCGUUAACUCAUAGAGGUGUUGCAAAUAGUGUCCGAUUUCUGACUGGGCACUCCAGGAAGGGAGGAACAGAUCCUCUUUUUGUGGCAGAGAAUGCAGCUGAUCCUGAUUCGACCUUGGUGGUAUACAUGGGUUUGUCGACCCUACCUUCUCUUGCGCAAAAGUUGGUCCAUCAUGGUCUGCCACCAACAACGCCUGCUGUUGCAGUUGAGCGAGGGACCACACCUCAACAGCGCAUGGUCUUUGCGGAACUGAAGGAGCUUGCUGAUGAAAUUACAUCAGCAGAGUUGGUAUCACCAACACUCAUCGUCAUUGGGAAAGUAGUUGCACUUUCACCAUUGUGGCCACAUACCUCGAAUGAAGUGGCCUCUCUUGUCAGAGCCAUAUAGACACGAUUGAGUGAUGCAACAAGUACCUUUAUCAUUCACUUUGGCUUCAGAACUCAGUGCUCAUAAUUUUCGUUAUUUGGACUUCCAGCCUUAUUUCAAAUCAAUUUGAAUGAUGGAGGAUGAUCUUGCUCAAGAUCGAGAUGAGUUAGCUGCUUCUUUUCUGGAGGUAGAUACUGUUUCAUGGAGCUAAUUGUUUGCAAACAGUGCUGGCUUGUGCUAGAAGCCUAGAACAUAGUAUGCUGCUUCCUUGUGCGGGAAAUAAUGAAUUUCAUGCAUUGAUGUGAAAGGGGGAGCUGGGAUUUUGUUCACUGGCAGAUUGAGAAAACGAGCAUUCUGUUCUGAGGUUGUUUUAAUCUUAUACCUAGGUAUUAGCGUAAAGGGUUCUAAUGUGGAACCAGUCUUGUCAUAGGAGCCCUGAUCGAUGGACUCAUCUAAUUAUCUUGUAAUCAGAUUUCGUUCAAGAGAUUUUGGUUUGCAUUAGAGACGUCUGUUUCCAUUUGUGUACCACAAUCUUCUUUGUGAAUUUGGAACCAUACAUAAAGUUGCUCAUUCAUGUUUGGUAAUCAGUUUAAAAUAUAACUCUGG